UCGAAUUGUCUCGUUAAAUGCGUGACCCAAAAUUCAAGUAUGUAAAAAAAUAAGCGUAAUUAAUCUUACCCGAAAAGGGUUCCAUCUGCCCUUCUAUGAUCGCUUGUUUUGCAAAACCGCACCCAGUGAGUCAAUGACUAAGAUCCGCCGAUUAACCGAACCAGUUUAGCACGCUGACCCACAUAAACUGGGCAGCUAAAAUUGAUUACCAACGAGAUGGCUGCAAGUUGACUGAACUUGCCCAUUACCAAGAACCUUUCUGCAGAUCUUAUCUUAGUGAAAGACUUGGGUAUAAAAGGGGCACUCAAAAAUCGAAUAACCAACAGUCGACUAAAAUGAAUCGCACAGUACAAAUAUUGGUGAUCUUGGCCAUGGCUUGUGCCAGUCAGGCGCGCAUUCCCAACCUGCGAAGGGUGGUAGGAUCUGGACUCAGUGGUUUAGAUAUGGAUAUGGAGGAACCGAUGGGCCCUCAAAUUCUGAUCUACUCCCCAGGAGAAGCGAUGGCCAGAUCCGAUGACCGAUCCGAUGAGCCCACCUUCCAUGAGCCUCAGAUCCGGGAGGAAGUAAAGGAUACCGAAUCGGAUAAGGACAGCCGCAAGGUGCCCGACUACCUCUACUCGAAUGCCAUUCCCAUGGUCAACGAUCAGAAUGUGAAGUACGUGGUGCCCCAAGUGGCUGCCUAUCCCGUGGCCUACAGUCCUCAGAUAAUCUCCAACAAGAAUGCCCUCAACCAAAACCAAGGAAAUGAACUUUCCUUUGUGAUGGUUCCCCGUGUCCAGUUGGGCUUCAAUGUCCAGGGACAAUCGGGUUUUAACUUUCCUGGGUUGAAUUUGCUUGGAGGCGAGUCCAAUGCCGCUGAGAAGGAGGAGCCUUUGCCACCUGCCACUGCCUAUAUUCCCAUUCCUGUGCCCGGUCCUCCUGGUCCUCCCGGUCCACCCGGACCACCUGGUCCUCGAGGUCCGUCUGGACCUCCGGGACCAAGGGGUCCUCGAGGUCCCGCCGGCGAAUCGGGCGUCUUUUCAGCUCAGAAACCUCAGAGCAUUUGGUACACUCAAACUGGCAGCAGCAACCAGUACAACACACCCUUUUCCGGUGGCUAUCAAAGUUAA